UUGAAAAACUCAAAUUUACUAAAAAUUGAAGAUUUAAAAAUUUUGAAUAUAACAUCUGGUGGUGAAGUAACAUUCCAUUUCUUUGGUGGUAAAAAGGACAGUGGUCGUGUUCGUGAUGCUAUGAAUCGUCUAGUUGAAAGAGGUCGCCUUGGGAAUUUCACUUUAGCUUCUACACAACUUUCCACUAAACAAGAACCAACUUUAUUGCUCGAGAAAGUUUCAAUGAAUCAAAUACCACCAAUACGACAAGGUGAUGAGUUCAGUUUAUCAUGUGUUGCACAAGGCUCUUCAUAUAUGACAUUCAAUUGGUUUAAAGAUGGUAUUUAUGUGAAUGUCAGUAAAGCAACGAGAGUGAUGAAAACAAAAGUAUUGUCUCCUGAUUCAGAUGAUAGAACAGUAGCAAUCUUAUACAUAAAUAAAGCAAUGGGAUUAGACAAUGGUGUGUAUACGUGUCAAGUGGUCGAUUGGGGCAUUAAACAGUGCAAAUCUUUACGAGUUGAUGUAUUAUUACCACCACAAGUACAAAUUAUUCCUAUGAGUAUUACAAUACAAAAGGGUGAAAAUGUCAGCAUUAAAUGUUUAUCACCGAAUGAUCGACAUCAUGAAAAAUUUGGUUAUAAUUGGACGAAAAACAAAAGUUUAUUUCCAUUGAUACCUGGUAAAGAAGUUUGGGAAGAUUUACUACCAUCUGGGAGUAUACUUAAAAUAUAUAAUGCUCAAAAAUCAGCAAUUUAUACUUGUAUGGUACAUGGACGAGUUGAUUCUCGUAGUGCAUCAGUUCGUGUUGAAGUAACAAAUCGUACAUUGGUACCAUUAUGUUCAUCAGAACGUUAUAUGAAUGUGGAAUGGCCGGAAACAGCGCCAGGUGUUGAAACAAUACAAAAAUGUCCAGAUAAUUUACAAGGACGUGUUACACGAUUAUGUACAUUAAUUGAUGUACUUGAUGUUAAAUGGGAUUUACCAAACUUUUCAUCAUGUCAUUCUCCGGAUUUCUAUGAAAUUGAAGAUAGUUUUCGUGGUUUAACUUAUGGCUUUCAAAAUACAUCAGGAGUUGAAACAUUAUCACGAUGUGUGAUGUAUUUAAAACAACGUGGAAAGUUAUACCCGGGUGAGGGUCAAAAUGUAUUACGUUUAUUAAAUGAUGUAUUUAUAUAUAUAAAUGUUACGUUAUCAACCAAUGAGAUAUCAGAAGCAACACAAACUUUAUAUGAAAUUGUUAAUUUACUUUUAUUAUGUCAACAUUCUAUCAUUCAACAACAGGAUAUUAUAAAUCUUCAACAAUUAACACGAAGUCAAGCUUUAGUUUGGGGCAGCCAAAUGAGAAGUCCACAUGUAGAACAUAUCUCAUUGAGUUCAUUAGUCUUAGAUGUUACAUCUCUGGAAAGUCAAACGUUGCAUAAUUUGCAUAUUCCUCUACGUGGAAAAAGUUAUCCAAAUUGGUUCGAAGAUAAAAUCGAUAUUCGUAUCGAAAGUAACAAUUUACAUUUAUUUGGAAAUAAUUCAUUUACAUUAAAUAUUCUUACAUUUCGUAACAUUAUAAAAUUUCUACCAAUACGCUAUGUUGCAAAACGGAGGGAUGGAAUUGAUUUACAAUAUGAAAUCAUCUCAAGAGUAAUAAAUAUUGAAAUAGGGCAAGCUGAUAAUCGUAUAAUACCAACACAAGGUUUAUUCUGGGUUGAUUUAGAAUUAGUUCAUGCAACAGAUAAUUAUACACAACAAGGUUGGAAUGUCACGUGUGCUAUUACAGAUGUUGCUACCUUUAAACACACAUGGGAUUUAGAUUCUUGUAGUACACGUGUUAUAAAUAAUAGUUUAACUAGAUGUACAUGUACGAGAACUGGUACUUAUGCGGUGCUCUGGACAAGACAUAUUGUAUCGGAAACAAUGAAUCCACGAAAGGAACAACCAUUUAUCGUAUUAACUGGUUGUAUAAUUUGCCUUGUAUUAUCAUUAAUUUCCUUAGGAAUUUUAAUACCUUAUUGGUGGCACCAUCGAACAUCGUUAAUAUUUUUAAAACUUCAAUGUUCGUUAUCAAUUGCUGGAGCUAUGGCUGUUUUUAUUUAUGCUGUUCAUUCUCCUGUUGAUCAGGAACAAUACAUACCAAUAGCAACCGCAUUAGAAGUGUUCCUAUUAAUUGGUAUGUCAUCACAUUUAAGUAAAUUAUUAAUUGUGUACACGGAGAUUGUUGUAAUACCACGUGUUGGACAACAUUUACAACAAACAGUUGUAUGUGUUAUUACUGGUGUACCAAUAUUAACCGUAUUAAGUAAUCAUAUGGCAUAUAGAUCAUUGGAUUUAGAAUUGGGCACAUGGUGGUUAAUUAAUGGUACAUUAAUAUUUACAAUAUUUGUUGCAUCUGCUACAAUUAUGACCAUAUUAUUUAUAUUCAUUUAUUUUUCAUUAAUGCGAAAAUUACAUCGUUUAAUUGAUAAACAUUUAGAUAAAACGAAAGCAAUUAGUAAAAGAAUUGGGUUGCUUAGUAGAGCUGCCCUUAUUUUUAUAAGUAUUAUUAGUAUGGAAACUGCCAGUAUACUUUUUGUAAAUAUACACGACCCCAUCCAUCAAUACAUAUUCAGUGCAUCAUGUGUCAUUGUUGGGAGUACAAUAUUUAUUUGUUACAUAGUAAAAUGUGAAUCAUCUUUACACUUACAUUUUUUACGAAGAUUUCAUUUAGAUAAAAAUAUUGAUGAGAAUUACAGUUCUGAAUCAGACACCUUUUCAGUUUUUACGAAACAGGAUGGCGAGGUCGAAACCGAUUCAGCACCACCGUCUCGAAUGCGUGGAUCAGCCGCAGGACAUGCGUCCACCGAAGUAACCGAAGGACUACUUAUGUCUGAAGCACGUGGAACAACUAAAACCGGUUUUUAUCGGUAUUCGGAAGCGCCUAGUAGCACAAUUGAAACAUAUGUACAUAGUAUUAGUGAUAAUUCUGUUGAAAAAUUGUAUCCAAAUGAUUUAAAUAAUGUACAAGCCCAACAUUUGUUAGAUAGUCAAGAAUUAGUUGAUCUUGAACAUUAUCCACCUCAAACGUCACAAAAUUAUAUCGACUUGGUGCACAUACCAAAUCGACGUAACGUUAAAUAUGGUGAUUACGUAGCUGAAAUUGAUGUAAAUAAAAAAUAUCCUUCGGAUGUACGAUACUAUUAUCCAGAAGGUAGUGUAAAUUCGACUUUAAUUCGUCCAAAUCCUGGAAAAUGUUAUAUACGAGACUAUACGAUAAUGACCCCAGCGACUGAAAUGAUGACAACGCGUGUUUGUGUUGAAUUAGACUUAGUGAAGUCGCCAAAAACAAAUUUCAUUGGCGAAGCUAAUAUUUCAGUGGAAGCGCCGUCAAACGUUUUAUGUAGUGUAGAUGUUGAACCCAUUACAGAAUCAUCAACACCUCCUGCGCUUCCUUGUAACAGUAAGGACACUCAAUUAGAUUUAGAAGAUUCUAGUGUUACGGAAUCAACAACAAACUCAGAUAUAAAUAUACCAAAAAUAGAAAUUAAGGAUAUGUCAGAUUCGUCAACAACUUCGGGUUCAGAACGACGGCAACCUGAAGGUGCAGUAGGUAAAAAAAUUGCCGAAAAUGGUGAUAAUAUGGAUGGUAUGUUAGAUAGAAUUUCACAUGAUUUAGAUUAUUUAUUAAAUCGAACUGAAGAAAAUAUUCCGCCUAUACCACAACCGGUUUCAUCACUACGAAAGCCUAGUAAACCUCCACCAAGUCAUAACAUCAUUGGUCAAAUUCGUGAAGAAGACGAAGAUGAAGAAAUAUCAAAUACAAUAAAAACUGAAGAUGUGGAUGCAAGUAUAGCAAAAACUGUUUGUUAAUUGUGUGAUUUAGACUUCUGUUUCAUUAUCGAUGCUUCCAAGUUAAUAAAUUAAAACUUAUAACAAUUUCACGAA